GUGCAUCUUUCUCAAAGCAUGCUUGAAAUGGGUUCGUGUGUUGUGGUGUUUGUCUGCAUGGGCAGGUGAUGUUAUUUAGGCCUGAGGUGGGCUUCCUUGGGUGAAAUGUAUUUUUUGUUGUGUUUUUUUUUUUUUUUUAAAUGGUGUAUUGGGAGCCAUGUGGUGGCAGAAAGUGUCGAAACUGAUUUUUUUUUUUAAUUUUAAAAUAGGGAAUUUAUUGUGUGGUGCAUUUGGUCCAGGAAAUAAACAAAGUAACUAUGCUAACUCAUGGUGAAGGCGUGUGAGACGUAUAUGUAAAUCACUUUGGCUUUUAUCCCAGAACUAUAAUAGAAGAAAAUAGCCGAGCCAAGACAAGAGAAAAGAGCCCCCGGUGGGAGAUCCUUGUAUCAUGCCACACAUGGCCUCUCUCCCACGGCCACGGGAGUGUAAAGAGCGCCCUAAUGUCAUUAAAGAGGGCCCCGUGGACCACAAUGUGGAGUUUAAUGCACCUUUUGACUCAUGACACGGUUCACACGAGCCCCCCACGCGUCACGCAGCGCCUGGGAUAGUAUUUACUCUAGCUUUUCGCUGCUGGAUUGUAAUCCUUGCACUCGUUCACAUUUUACCCAACAUUUCCGAAUAGAUGUCCUCCUCCUCCACUGCUUCUUCACUGCAGGAGAUUCCAUCAACAUGCCGAGGCACAUUUAUGCAUUCUAUUCAUCUACAAAGACCAUAUAGAUUAUCAGCACACUGUGUCUAGCAAUUCAACAUGUGAUGUACACUACGUCAAUGAAGGUGCACACUCAUUAAAGCGUUCAUAAUAAAGAGGACUGUGUUUAUGUUCCGGCUGUUGGAGAGAGUAACUUUUAAUGGAUUAAAAAUACUUUUCCAAAGAAAAAAAAAAAGUGCCAGGUAAUGCAUGGAUUCGUAAACUGUGGUUCGAGUACCACUGGUGGUACGAGGGUACCCCCAGUGAGUGAUACUUAGGAAAUAUGUACCGCAAUGUAAAAUAUUGUACGAUAUUAGAGGCCCAUACAUAUGAAACGAACGUACAAAUAAAAAUUUGCUGAAAUUGAAUUCAAAUUAAAUUCCCUGUUGUUGAAAUAUUAUUAAGUUCAAAUGUGACGUAAGUGGAAGUAGUAAAAACAGUGGUACUUGCAAAACAAAAUAUUUCUUAGGCGCCGCGAUCCUUCUAGCUAAUACACUCCUCACUCCACACAAUUGAGACGAAGAGUAUACCCAUUGUGCUAGUAUUAUAAUAAUGCUUGGCACGGAAGUAUACGCACCUUGGGUUCAUUUCCAAGACUUGGCUCAUGACACAGUUCACAAGAACACCCCACGCAUUACGGGGUGCCUGGAUGGUGUUUAUUCGUGCUCUUUUUGUCGCAAAAAUUUGGUACGAGUACCACUGGUGGUGUGCGGGCUCCAUCUAGCGGCACUCGGGAACACCAGAGAUGUAUUUUUAUAUAAAUAAAAUUAAGCUUUACCGCAUACGAUUACCUGCAAGUAGAAUUAAGCCACAUAGUUGAAGCGGAAGUAGCAAAAAAUGGUGGUACUUGCAAAGCAAAAUAUUUUGGGGGUGGUUGGUGUAAAAAGUUAGUCACUUUUGUUUUGAGGGACAUUAGGGGAAUUUAUAAUUUUGGUUGCCAUUGAGAUAUACAGUAUGCACUUGAGUGUGUGUUCAAGUUGUAUAGUUAUAUGCUUAUUAUAUUUUGGUGCCAACUUGUCCUGGCUGUGUGGUAUUAAUAUUGGUGCAAGUCCUGCAUAACAAUGACACGGUGGGGUGAAGGCGGAGGUUCACUGCUCAAACACACUCGUGGUAAAGAGAGAGAGUGGAGAGAGGGAGAGAGUAGACAACCCCUGGAGGUGUUUGGAGCGGCACAGCCUGAGUUCCUCAGGACUAAAAAGUUGAGGGUUCGGCUGGUUCUGUUGUUUUAGUGAGGCCGGCAGCGGUGAUCCAGAUGUUAGUUCACUCUUACUGCACAGCGGACCGCCAUGACGGUGUCUCCAGUCACAGCUCACGCCUGUCCCAGCUGGGUUCCGUAUCCCACGCGGGGCCCUACUCCAGCGCGCCGCCCCUCUCCCACGCCCCUUCGUCGGACUUCCAGCCGCCCUACUUCCCGCCGCCGUACCAGCCGCUCGCCCACUACCAGAGCCAGGACCCGUACUCGCACGUCAGCGACCCUUACUCCCUGAACUCCCUCCACCAGAGCCAACAGGGCGCAUGGGGGGCGAGGCAGCGGCAGGAUGCAGCCGGGGAGCGGAUGGACAGCUCGUCUUUGCUGGCCCAGCCUCGGGCCUCGCUGCCGCAGCUGCCUGGGCUGGACCCAAGGCGGGAUUACGGUGGGGUGAGGCGGCCGGACGUGCUGCUGCACUCCGCUCAUCCGGGACUGGAGUCCGGUAUGGGCGACGGACUGUUGCAUGGGCUCCACGGCAUGGAGGAUGUUCAGACAAUUGAAGACACCAACGGAACCAACAUACUGGAUCAAUCUGUAAUUAAGAAAGUACCCAUGCCCCCCAAGAACAUUGGCUCGUUGAUGCUGGGCAAGGACGGCCUGAUCGGUGGAGUCACCGUCAACAUAAACGAACUGUUCUGCUCGGUACCGGGUCGGCUGUCCCUGCUCAGCUCCACAUCCAAAUACAAAGUGACCGUUGGGGAGGUGCAGAGGAGACUUUCCCCACCCGAGUGCCUCAACGCCUCCUUAUUGGGGGGUGUGUUGAGAAGAGCAAAGUCCAAAAACGGUGGGAAAUGCCUGAGAGAAAAACUGGAGAAGAUUGGAUUGAAUUUACCUGCUGGAAGACGCAAGGCUGCAAAUGUGACGUUACUAACAUCACUAGUAGAAGGUGAGGCCGUGCACCUGGCAAGGGACUUCGGCUACAUCUGCGAGACAGAGUUCCCCACCAAGGCCGUGAGCGAGUACCUCAACCGGCAGCACACCGACCCCAACGAGCUGCACACGCGGAAAAACAUGCUGCUGGCCACUAAACAGCUGUGCAAAGAGUUCACAGACCUGCUGGCCCAGGACAGGACUCCCCUGGGCAACUCAAGGCCCACCCCCAUCCUGGAGCCCGGCAUCCAGAGCUGCCUCUCUCACUUCUCCUUUAUCACACACGGCUUCGGUUCUCCCGCCAUCUGUGCCGCGCUCACGGCCCUCCAAAACUACCUCACCGAGGCCCUCAAAGGACUCGACAAGAUGUUCCUCAACAACCCCUCCAACAACCGGCACGGGGACAACAAGGCCGGCGACAAAGAGGAGAAGCAGCGGAAGUAAAGCAGUGGCAUUGUUACUUCCGGCUUGCGACUGACCUGCCACGCUCGGGCCUGCAUGAGGUAGACGCGGAGGAGGAAGAAAUGCGGAGACACAGAAGGAUUGUUCAUCUGUGGUACCUUCUUUCAUUCCCCUGAGGACAUGCUGGUUGAUGUGUUACAUCCAUUUUGCUCCCCAUGCCGGCGUCCUGUGAGACUGAGGUGCUGUGUGCAGCCAACAAACAUUGUGUGUGUGUGCGUGCGUGUGUGUGUGUGAGCUUGUGAUUGUCUUCAUGCAGGAAAAGCAUUGUGGGUAUGAAGAUAGGUGAGCAUUCUGUCUGGAUACUACACACAAAUACAAGAAGGGGAGGGGGUAAUUUAUGCGUGUAUAUAUUUAUUUAUAUUAAUUUAAAUGGUUGAUUGUGUAAAUAGGUGCCAGCUAUUUUGCAGUAGGCCUAUUUAUCUGUGAUUUGAUCUUUGUGAAGGCUGGAGGUGGGAAGGACUCAUCCAGUGUUUUUUCUGUUCUUAUAGAGCUGUUGUCAUGGUGCUGAUGAUGGGUAGACAUGCUUUGAAUUGUCCAGUGCUUUCAUUUCUAUCACAUUGAUAAUAAACCAUGUGUUUUAUUACGAAA